GUCAAACAAGACAACACUGCACACGCGGAGGGAUGGGCGUAGUAAUCAUCAACACCAACACGUAACAUUGUGCUGACGCGGAAAAUCAUCCUCUCUUUGUAUUGCGUGUUAUUUGUUACUUCAUAGCCCGAAGUUCAAUUUACUCUCUGUUCUUCCAUUUCCUAUCAUAUCGUGCCAUUUGACCUGAACCCCUAAUUUUCACUUUCCAUUUCUUCGAUCUCUCUCCGACCAUGACGAUUCCCUCUUCUACGAAUCCAGUUUGUGCAGACGGAUCUUUCAAAAAUGCAAUGCCUUCGUAUUUUUAUUUACCACCACUGGAUGUUUCUGCCGCAUUUCCACAGGCAACACCAGCAUCAACGUUUCCUCCUUCUGCUUCAGAUUAUUUUCAAUUUGACGACUUGUUGACAGCAGAGGAGCAAGCCAUUAGGAAGAAAGUAAGAGAGUGUAUGGAAAAAGAAAUUGCUCCAAUAAUGACCGAGUACUGGGAGAAGGCCAAAUUCCCAUUUCAUGUUAUUCCAAAGCUUGGUGCCUUGCACAUUGCCGGUGGCACGAUCAAGGGUUAUGGCUGUCCUGGUCUUUCUAUCACUGGAAGUGCAAUAGCUACUGCAGAAGUUGCAAGAGUUGAUGCCAGCUGUUCAACUUUUAUUUUGGUCCAUUCAUCCUUAGCAAUGCUUACUAUUGCAUUGUGUGGAUCAGAAGCUCAGAAGCAAAAGUAUCUGCCUUCUCUGGCACAGUUUCAGACUGUAGCAUGCUGGGCUUUGACUGAACCUGACUAUGGAAGUGAUGCCAGUGCUUUGAAGACCACUGCCACAAAGGUGGAGGGAGGAUGGAUACUUGAGGGCCAAAAGCGGUGGAUAGGAAACAGUACAUUUGCUGAUGUUUUGGUUGUCUUUGCUAGGAAUGCAGCAACGAAUCAAAUAAAUGGAUUUAUUAUUAAAAAGGACGCACCUGGUUUAACAGUAACAAAAAUAGAGAAUAAAAUUGGACUUAGGAUUGUACAGAAUGGUGACAUUGUUAUGAGAAAAGUUUUUGUCCCUGAUGAGGACAGAAUUGCAGGAGUAAACUCUUUUCAGGACACAAACAAGGUGCUUGCUGUUUCACGUAUAAUGGUUGCUUGGCAACCCAUUGGUAUAUCAAUGGGCAUAUAUGAUAUGUGUCACAGGUAUCUAACAGAGAGAAAACAAUUUGGAGCUCCAUUAGCAGCUUACCAAAUCAGCCAACAGAAGCUUGUCCAAAUGCUUGGAAAUAUUCAAGCUAUGAUUCUUGUUGGUUGGCGUCUGUGCAAAUUGUAUGAGAGUGGUAAAAUGACUCCAGGUCAUGCUAGCUUGGGAAAGUCAUGGAUCACUUUGAGAGCAAGAGAAACAGCUGCUCUGGGCCGAGAAUUGCUAGGUGGCAAUGGAAUUUUGGCUGAUUUUCUUGUGGCGAAGGCAUUUUGUGAUUUAGAACCAAUCUAUACCUACGAAGGCACGUAUGACAUCAACACUUUGAUUACAGGUAGAGAAGUUACUGGCUUUGCUAGCUUUAAACCAGUUGCGCAAAGAAGCCGAUUGUAGAAGUGUAAUGCAUUGUUUCUUUUGUACACUCCUCUAGGCAACUUCAAUGUAUGCAAUGUGGUUGUGACUACUCUGUUGGUUAAUGUAUGAAAUUAAGCCAUGAGAAACAUAUAAUACUUAUAAAAACACUUGUGUAGAUGACUAAUAAUGAGCAAAGAAUCAUCAGAUUUUUCAGUUUUGUCUA